UGUCGCUCAGAACUUUGCUUCUCAGUUGAAGUGCCUGUCUGUCCUUUGGAUGACUGCUGGAUUAGGAGUCAGAAGGCUUUUUGAGGACCCGGUGAAAGCCUCAUUUUGUGAUUCAGGCAGCAGUCAAAUGACAGCUGGGGAAGAAACCAAUUUGGUUAUCUGAGCAUCUUUCAUACUUCUCAGCUGUGUGCGAAGACUGAUAUCCCUAAGGGAGCUCCAGACUUCAUCAAAAAGAGAAAUCUUUCUUUCCUCUCCAAAAUGAAAAUGGACUUGGAAGUAGUUGAACCAAUAGACUUUAGCUGUGGAGAUCAUCAACAGCUGGUUCGGAAAGCAGCGGAUCACAAUACCCAGAGCCAAGCUAGUCAGCCCUACAAAACCUCACCUUCACCUGAGCCAAAAAAUCCUCAUGAGAAGCCACAUGCAAUGACUAGUGAGCAAGCAAAUGUGUAUGUGGUACAAAUUUCAGAGGACACCACUCAAGAAGACAUCAUUAGCCAUCCAUUCGUAAAUUCAACUGUCCGUAGAGAUUUCAUUACAAAAGUGUUCCUCAUCCUGUCAGUCCAGUUGAUGAUCACUGGGACAAUCACCAGCACGUUUAUUUUCUGGAAGACUUUAAGAAAUUGGGUGAGUGUGAAUGCCUGGUUCACCUAUGCACUCUUGCCAGCAUUUUUUGUUAUACUUAUUAUACUUGCUUGCUGUGGCAAACUACGUCGUCAGGUGCCUGCAAAUUACAUUCUCCUGGGAUUAUUUACAGUGCUGCAAGGUAUGCUGCUAGGAGCCGUAUCAGUUUUCUAUGAGGUCAAUGAAGUGCUGUGGGCAACAGCAGCAACAGCUCUGGUGACAUUAUUGCUCACUUUGUUUGCUCUUCAAACAAAAUGGGAUUUCACCUUGCUAAAUGGAGCACUGUUCGUUUUACUCUGUGUACUUGUUAUCUAUGGAAUUCUCUUACUCUUCAUACAAACAUAUUGGUUGCACCUUAUUUAUGCUGGACUUGGAACUGUGCUCUUCUCACUUUACUUGGUGAUGGAUAUACAGCUCAUGGUGGGAGGGCGCCACCAUCAUUCUGACCUGAACCCUGAAGAGUACAUUUUCGCUGCCCUGAACAUCUACUUGGACAUAAUCAACCUUUUCCUUUUUAUUUUGCAACUGAUUGGACUAGCACGGUAGUUACACGGCCAAGACUGGCUCAUGUUGAAGAGAGGGAGGGAUGGAGGCCUGUGAAAUAUCAGGUCCAGCCAUGCAGAGGUUACCAUUUUAUAAGCCCUUUUAUUGAAAAAAUAUUUUAGAAUAGUUUUGUCAAAAAAUGAAACCAAACAUUUAGUUCGUAGAUGGUAGCUGUAGCUAUUAUAGCUUUAGUUUCAUUAUAAUAUUGCAAUAUAUUCUGGGGGACAAUUCUGAUUUUUAUAAAUUCAAAAGAUGAGUAAAUAAUUACAUACUUGCAAACAUUUAUAAGAUGCCCAUUACUUUGUUGAAGUUUUAUAGAUACUAUAUAAAGCCAUAAACAUCUCUCUAUAUGAAUAAAAUUGAUUAUAGAAACCUGUAUUUCCUUUUUUCCUC